AUGUUGGACAUCGAAACCGACGUUGUCGAAAUCGAUAAGUUCUGCAAAUUCAAAAGUGGGUCGCUUUCCGCUACAAAGAGAACUGUAUUAGGAACGGGUUGCGAUUCGGUGGACACCGGCGCCGCUGUGGAGGUAGCACCCGCCGACGACGACGAAAUCGGUUGCUCCAAAAAAAUCACCCGAUAUGGCCCGGCCGGCAAUAAAAUCAUCCUAAACGAAUCUUCACAGCCAGCAACACCAACCGACCACCACCCGACGACGACGACGACGUUAGAGAUGGCCUGGCAGGCAGUCAAUGGUUCAACCGGGUUGACCAAGUCCAAAGAUUUCACCCCACCCACACUACUGGAGGAGGGGAAGAAGCCCAUUAGUCAUAAAGACAAUCACGUGUUCUUCCGCGAAAGCUUCUUCGUCGCGCAGUCAAUAUCCAAUAAUGUGCUACUGCAAAGUGUGCGAGUCGAAGUCGAUAUUGUGGAUCUCUUUGAUUUCGCACAAGAAAGUACCCGCAAUUGGAAAGAAGGCAACGAAAUAUUCAAGAACAAUCAUGUGAUUGUAGUUGGAGUGACGAAAGUGGCCGGGGAAUCGAUUCACAUUUUUUGCAGCUGCCUUCGUGGAUCGAAUCCGUCAGAACCACCAAGGGAGGUUCGAAUGGUAACAUCCAGCGAACUGCGGAAUUGGGAAAUAUCGUGUUCGUGUCCUGCCGGAAAAUUCCGAUGCAAGCAUCAAUUUGCCUGCCUCCUCUUCAUUCACAGAAAUAAGGAUCUUGAAAUACUAUCUGCAACAGAUGUGCGUCAACAGUGGGGUAAAGUAGCCAAAAUACAAGCUGAAGCGCUUUACGAACCUGUGCCUCUUUCUGGAUUAUGUAAUCAGCGAUCGGCUACGGUAUCGGAUGAUCUUAGCUCGUCCAUAUUCAAUCUGUUCAUAUCAGAGCUUCCUGGUUCUGCUCUCGCAAAGUCGAUGAUUGGCCGCAAUACAUUGCGACCUACAGAAAGUGAAAUGGAAUCAUCUGCGUUACCAUCAGCUGAGCUGCACAUUGAGUCAUUGCCCGAAUCAUUCAACCAAAACCUACCAGAAUGGAAUCCUCUCCAAAAUCAACCAACGGACGUUAUCGAGAAAGAAGAUAUCCAGCAAGAAAUCAAGUUGGCACAAACUUAUCUAAGACCGUUCAUCGCCAAUCCGUUGGUCACAGCAAGAUGGAAAUAUUACCAUGGACCGCUGCUCGAUUUCAAACUGCACCUCUUCUAUGAAUAUCGGGUGUGUGUUUCAUCGGAAGAAAGCCUUUCGAUAUGUGCUGAAACGCAUAAUCAGUCCAAUGACAUCUGGCGUAGGGAAAGGCGUAUGCGCAUAACGGCUAGUGAGUGCUACGACCUCUACACUUACUACUUAAACGACACUGGAGAUCGCGACUGGAAUAAAAAGCUGUCAUCGAUUCUGCAUCCGCUAGAAAAACGACUUCCGCCGUUAUUUUCCCCUACACGGUCGUCGGUAACGAGUGUGUUUUCCCAUCGGUGGCUGCGACGUGCGCAGCUGUCGACAGCUUCGGUGGCCGUGGUGAGCACGGCUGUCGGUAGUUCGAGAAGGAGGAUGCUGCAUUAUGCAACCUACGUGCAAUCCUUCGAUUACGAAAUACGGUUUCGGAAGUCGGCGAGCCAUGCCAAUGCGGAUGCGCUCUCCCGAAUCCCACUGAAGCUGACGGAUGCAGACAACGUCAUCGAAAAGUCGGACUUAGUAGAUCUGCUUCAAAUCGAAACUUUUCCACUUAUUGCUGCGGAGUUGGCACAAGCAACUGCCGAUGAUUCCUCUGUGAAGAAGCUGAUUGAAGGAGUCAAGUACGGUGUUCUCGUUGAAG